UAAUGUCCUCAGCCGGGACGACUUCCGCCUCCGGGUCAGGCCCCGCCCCGCUCUCCCGGCGUCGCUUGCGAGCUGGAAUCAAAAUGGAGGAGUACGCCCGAGAGCCCUGCCCCUGGCGCAUUGUGGACGACUGUGGUGGCGCCUUCGCGAUGGGCACCAUAGGUGGCGGCAUCUUUCAAGCAAUCAAAGGCUUUCGCAAUUCUCCAGUGGGAGUGAACCACAGACUGCGAGGAAGUUUGACAGCCAUCAAAACCAGGGCUCCACACUUGGGAGGCAGCUUUGCAGUUUGGGGCGGCCUGUUUUCCAUGAUCGACUGCAGUAUGGUCCAGGCCCGGGGGAAGGAAGACCCCUGGAACUCCAUCACCAGUGGGGCCUUAACGGGGGCCAUCCUGGCGGCAAGAAAUGGACCGGUGGCCAUGGUCGGGUCGGCCGCGAUGGGGGGCAUCCUCCUGGCUUUAAUCGAAGGAGCCGGUAUCUUGUUGACGAGAUUCGCCUCUGCACAGUUUCCCAGUGGUCCUCAGUUUGCCGAAGACCCGUCGCAGUUGCCGCCCUCGCCCUUCGGAGACUGUCGACAGUAUCAGUAGGGCUUCCUCGGCGGGAGGAGACGCGGAACGUCAAGUUACAGUCCGUUUUAAACCAUAGGUGGGACAUCUGUGGCCACGUGCGCUACAAAGAGACGUUUAGCACUUUUUCUAUUUAAAGGAUCUCGGAGGGGGUUAGAAGAUAAUCCCACGUGUUUAUUUAUUCACACGUGGAUUGCACUUGCGAUGCAAGUGCCUGUCCCGUGUCUUUAAAAGAAAACAUGCUAAGUGCUUAGAAGACGAGGACCAAAGGGCAGACAGCUGUGAGACAUGGCCAUGGUCUCCCUGGGGACUUCUCCGCCUGGGUUUGUGUGUCCUGCUAGUCAAACAAUAAAAAACUCCUGGAACUUGC